GCCAAUAUCCUGCCCCACCGUCCUACCCGGUCCAGUCCCCCCCAAACCCCGCCGUGUACCCCCCAACCGUGCCCCUGCCGCAGCCGCCGCCGUACACUGACGCCCCCCCGGCGUACUCCGAGCUUUACCGGCCCAGUUUCGUGCCCCUGGGAGCCGCCACUGUCCCCACAAUGUCAGCGGCGUAUCCGGGCGCCUCCGUAUUCCUGCCCGUGGCGCAGUCGGUGGCCGUGGGGCCACUGGGCUCCUCAGUGCCCGUGGCCUAUUACCCCGUGGGGCCGGUUUAUCCCCCAGGCUCCACCGUCCUCGUGGAAGGGGGUUUUGAUGCUGGAGCCAGGUUUGGGGCCGGCGGCACCGCCAGCAUCCCC